CCAGGAAGGAGAUGCACUUCCGAGUUCUACAACCCCUGUCAGCCUUCCUGCCGGGUAGCUCGUCGAGGUUUUUGCAGCAGCUGUGUUUAGGCUCUCUCUCUCUCUCUCUCUCUGUGUGUGUGUGUGUGUCUGCAUCAUGAACACGGUGCUGUCCCGCGCCAACUCCCUGUUCGCCUUCUCGCUCAGCGUGAUGGCCGCGCUGACGUUCGGCUGCUUCCUCACCACCGCGCUGAAGGACAGGCGUGUGCCGGUGGACGUCCGCGUCUCCAGGGUCGUGCUGAAAAACGUGGACGACUUCACGGGUCCAAGAGAGAGGAGCGAUUUGGGCUUCGUGACGUUUGACCUUUCUGCCGAUCUGGAGCCAAUAUUUGACUGGAAUGUGAAGCAGCUGUUUCUCUACCUGUCUGCUGAAUAUGCAACCAGAAGUAACGUCCUGAACCAGGUGGUAUUAUGGGAUAAGAUUCUUCUAAGGGGCGAGAACACAAGGCUGGAGCUGAAGGACAUGAAAUCCAAAUACUUCUUCUUCGAUGAUGGCAACGGUUUGAGGGCCAAUAAGAACGUCACCCUGACCCUGGCCUGGAAUGUGGUCCCCAAUGCUGGAAUCCUGCCCCUAGUGGUAGGCUCUGGACACAGCUCUCUCCCCUUCCCUGAUGCUUAUGAGACCUCCAGAAACUACUGAUCUGUCCCAAACCACGUCUGUCAGUGUUGUGCAAAGCUAUGGGUUUUAAUAAAAAAACAAGUGAAAAAUUGUUUAAUAUACUUA